AAUAGAAUACCGAUAACCGUUGAAAGCGACACUUUGAUUUGUUGAGUGCAUGGAACAUAUUUAAGCGGCUGUUCCUGCAGAAAGCACGGGAUUUCUUCAAAGGCAAAGUGACAAGGAGUGGGUAUUUAUGGUUGUCUCCAUAGUUUUGAUGUUUUAAUCUCUGAAGGAUCUGUUAGUAUUCAGAGAUAACUUUUCGUCAUGAGAUUCCUUGGUGUGGUACUGGUGGUAGUGGGCAUACUUGGUUUGUCGGACAGCAUUAAUUCAAACAAUAAUGAUGGUGCACCAGAAGAUAAAGUUAAGUUCUCAGUAGAUGCUUCAACUGAAGAAAAAAAUAGCACAGACGAAUUAUUAAAUGAAAUGAAGGACUUUGCAUCCGAUGAAAUUGAAAAUGAAGAACAAAAACAAAAGCGAUUUGGUUACGUGCUCGGAAAUGGAUUUAGUUUUGGAAAACGGUUUGGUAAUGUUCUUGGUCGUGGAAUGGGUUUCGGAAAACGAUACGGACACGUCCUCGGCAAAGGUAUGGGUUUUGGAAAGCGAUUUGGCUCUAUUCUAGGGCACGGUAUGAGCUUUGGGAAGCGUUAUGGUUCCCUUCUUGGCAAAGGAUUUGCAUUGGGAAAGCGUGCCCCGGAACUUUAUGAGCAGGACGACACAGCUGCUUACAAAAAUGAUUUUCAAGACAUAUUCAACGAGCAAGCACCUUCAAAAAGAGACAAUGAUGAAGAUUUUGAUGAAGAUAUGGAAUUUGUAGAUCUUUCUGGACCAGUAGAUGAAAAGAAAUGGGUGUUAAAUAAUAUAUAUGGUAGUGACUUUAAUUACAAAAGAUCAAAACGAGAUACAAGAACGAAAAGAUACAUCCAUAGCUAUGGAAACGUUCUUGGAAAAAGAUUUCCAUUCAGACAAGGUGAUGAAACGAUUGAACCGAACUCUAUACCUGGUGGUCUUGGUCUGCAAGCUUCGAUAAGUAGGGUCCCUGUUAUUGAGAACGAUGUACCGCCAUCUGAAAUCGAUAAGCGUUUGUUUUCUGGAUAUAACGGACGUGGGUAUAUUUCGGGAAAGAGACAAUAUAACACAAGACGAGGUUUUGGAAGUGUUCUUGGCAGAGGGUUUUCAUUUGGAAAGAGAGACAUUGAAUCUGAUAACGAUGAGCAUGUAUACACAAAUGAUGAAUAUCUUGAAAAUACUGCAGAUGAUUCCAGUGACUUCACACACAAUAAAAGAUAUUUUCAUAGCAGUCCGGGUCAUCGCUUUUUAUUUGGGAAACGUGAUAUGGAAAAUAGGGACAAACGAUUUGGCUAUGUUCUAGGUAGGGGAUUUUCAUUUGGCAAAAGAAGAGACCCUUCCCCGAGAAAAAGGUAUGGACUUGUUCUUGGUAGAGGAUUUUCAUUUGGGAAAAGGUCCUCAGAUUUUCCCAGGUUAGAUCGAUUUGAUUCUACGGCUGAUUUAGAGAAUGAUCAGCAAUUAAUCAAACGUGCUGGCCUUCUGCUCGGAAGAGGCUACAUGUUUGGAAAAAGAAAUAACAAAAGAUUUGGAUUGAUUUUAGGGAAUGGGUUUAGCUUUGGGAAAAGAGGAGAUACUGAUCAACAAAAUAUAGAACCAGAGGUCAGUCAAUUUAUUGACAACCAUGGAAAUAUUUUUAUCAGGACGGACUUAAUUGAGGGUUUUGACAAGGUGUUUUCGGAAUUUAUAGACAGGCGUGAACAGAAAGUAUUUUCUUGCGCCGGGCAAUUGAUCACCCACCAUGUUGAUUUAGAAAAUGAAAUGCAAAGCUCGUAUGAUGACGAUACAAGUCCUAAAGUUAUAAAGAAACGUUCAUCAGACCAAGAAGUCAAAUUUUUUAUAGAUGAAGUGGGGCAUAUAUUUGUUAAUGCUGAUGACAUUUCAAGUGACGAAAGAGCAAUCUUAGGAGAUGAUGAAGACAUAGUUUAUUACACAUGUGAUGGACAGAUGAUAGAAUUAUUCGGUGAUACUGACAAAUAUGAUGACCUAUCAAAGCGAGGUUGGGGAAGCGUUUUAGGGAGAGGUUUUCGGUUUGGAAAGCGACUCGGUUCAAAAAAGAGAUUUGGUCACAUCCUUGGCAAUGGAUUUUCGUUUGGCAAAUAAUGUGUGAUGAUGAGCUAUGCAUGAGAACAUCUUCAAUAUUGAAUAGAAAAAUAAAAACAAGAACUAAGGAACUUUUUUCAAACGUUCAAUAAAACAAUUCAUCCUAUAAAUGAAUUAGAUAAAUCAUAUAAUGAUUGUCGAAACUCUUUGACAUUUAUUUUAAAGAAAUACAUACUUGUUAAUUUGAAUUCUCUUUAUGACUUUCUUUCAUAGAAAACAAUUUUAGUAAGCAUGAGAUACAAAAUGUGAAGUUUUAACAUUUAUUUUCGUAAAAUGUCAUGUGAUUGUUCUUGUUGUAAUAUAAGUAAUGAAUGAACGUAUAUAAGUCCAGCAUUAAGAUAUAGGUGAAUUCCUUAAGGUUCCCUGUAAUAAUGGGAAUAUUCCAUAAGAUGUUUGCAUAUUAAGAAAGAAUGAGUUGUUUCUUAUCAAGUUAAAAGAAUAAUAAUUAUCAAAAUUGUUAAAUUGAUCAAUAGACAUCAAAGCCAGAUAUUUUCCCUUUUUAAAUAUUUUUGAAAUGAGCUAAGCAGAGCAAAAUGUGAUAUUGUGCCUAAAAAUAAAAACGAUAAUAAAAAAAUUCUUGUUCUUUAUAUACUG